CGUCUUUCCCAUUGGCUAACGGUACAUUGAUCUGAAGCUGGGUAAUUACAUCAAAGGCGGUGCCGACAAGGGCGGCUUCUUUUAUUUUUACUAGAUUAUCGAAUAAUAAUUAAGUGAUAUGAUUGAGGGGGUGAUAUAAAAUGGUAUAAUUGGAUUAAUUUGCAGACACUGGUCAGUUAACGCAGAGUUUACCAACAAGCAAUCACAAUUUUAGAAAUAAAAAUAAUUUUACUGAAAGGUGUCGGCGGUGCUAAAAUUGUAGAAAAAAACAAACAAACGUGUGAAGAGAUGAACCGCUAUCCAGAGUUAAGUCAGAUCCCAGGACUUUGUUGUGAUGUGCCACAUCUUCCACUGUCUACGUCACAGAUGCCGACAUAUGCUCAUAGUCCGUACCUAAACAAUCCUUAUGCCUCUUUAAGUAAUGGAACCGGAAACUAUAUGGACAGACUCAUGGGUCGCUUCUAUGAUCCGGUGAUGCAACUUCGUAGAAGCGCCAUUGGCGGAAGUAAGCCUAAGGUGGCGACACCUGGUGUGGUAGAGAAGAUUGAAUUAUACAAGCGGGAAAACCCGACGAUAUUCGCCUGGGAAAUAAGAGACAAACUGCUAACUGAUGGUGUUUGUACGUCUAGUAAUGUCCCAAGUGUGAGCUCUAUCAACCGGAUAUUGCGUAACAGGGCUGCUGAGCGUGCUGCCGUUGAAUAUACAAAAAUAGCAUCAAGGUCAUUCAUGCACUUAUACCCUCACUUAUGGUCCAUGCCGUCAACACGUGACUACACAUGCGCAGUUAGAGUUCCUGAUUCCUCCGCCAACAGUGAUGAACAGCUAUCAAAGUCAGACGAUGAAACAAAUGUUUCAGUUGAUGACGAAAUUUAUGAAUCGCCAAAGUCGGAUGAUAUGACCCUUCCAAAGCUUCGUAGAAAUCGAACGACCUUCACCCAAGAACAAUUAGACGUCCUUGAACAAGAAUUUGAAAGGUCACAUUACCCAGGGGUUAACACCAGGGAAGAUCUAGCUACUAAAACAAGCCUAUCUGAGGCUAGAGUGCAGGUAUGGUUCUCAAAUAGACGGGCAAAAUGGCGUCGACAGCAGAGGAUGAGUUUCUUGCAAACUUCAAGGCAAAUGCUUCUUCGUUUUCCAGUACUUCCCGUCCCACAGGAAAUAGGUGAAAUACAAAGGAAUUCUGGGAGAAUUUCGCCAUGCUUGACGUCACGAGAUAUGUCGCCUGUAUCUUCAACAAUGACCUCCCCAAUCAGCAUAGGUGGAUCUUCUUCGGCUUUUGACAAGGUUGAGCAAUCACCGUGAUAAGCCGUUACCCUAUAUAGCAUAAUUGAGCACCAAAACUACGUGACUCGCACUUGUUUUUAAAGUAAGAAAUUAAAGUGACGUCAUGAAGUACUGAGCUGACUAAAAUACCAAUGAACUUAUAGGGACAUUGUGCAAUAAUUCUCAGGCUUAUAAAUUUAAAUUUUAUUUUCAUGCACGUGAUGAUUUCGUACAAUACGGCAGUUUCUGUACAGAUGUCUGCAUGGUCCAUUAACUUAAAAAAGAAUCUGCAUGUAUUAACAUUACCAGAGACAUACUAAUCUAUGUCUCUGACAUUACCAACACAAUCUGUAGUCACUAAUUAGUUAAGAACUACUUUUCAAUACUGCCAGUUACUUUGAAUGUGUAUACAUACAUUGUUUUUAUUUUUCUUCUACUUUGAACUAAUCCAUAAAGUUGUGAAGCGCCACGUUGUCAAGGUUUCGUACUGUAUAUAUUUCUCAUUAACAUUUCAUUAUAGUGUAAAACAAGGUUAAUUAAGCCGGGAGAAUUUACCUAGUCAUGCACGCGUGUUCUGAUAUUUAUCUUUUCAAUUUGUUAAUUACACUGCAAUAUAUUUUUGUACAUUGUUUAUGUUAAUGUGUUGGGAUAUCAUUGUAAUGAAGUUUUAAAAUAAUGAAUUUCAAUUCAUUUAGAAAACAACUGUUUAUUUCCAUUUUGAACUUACUUUAAAGGGACUCUACUGAUGUAUCUAACAUGAAGGGAAUGUAAAUAUUUAUUCCAGGUUUCUGCACCGUUUGAUGUAGGGACUGGGCCUGAACUUGUGUACAAAAUUACCCUCGCCCGGUUUUCCCAGAAUAAUUAUUUUCAUUGUGCAAAGUGACCAAAAAUUGAAAAGCGUUGCAACGUUUUUCACUCGAACUGGCUAAAAAUCGUGCCCAACCUUUUUGUAUGUUGUGUAGAUAUAUUGGUACAAAAAGUGAUGUAUACAUUGUAUUUAUGUUUGCAGUAAAAUGUCAUGAUACUAAAAUAUUACUGCUGCAUUAUUUACGCAACAAGGGCUGUUUUCCUUAUUUGGUAAUUUACGUGGAUUGUAAGCUUCAUUUGCAAUGUGUAAAUUAAUAUCUUUUGUUCACUUCACAAUAUUUUAUGUUAAAUACAUUUCCAAAGUUUUCAUGAAAAUUAUCAUGAACCCGGAGGCAUGCUACUUAAAAAAGACAUGUACUAGUAUACAGUUUUAAAAGUUUUUUUUUUCAAAAGCAUGUUUGGCUUCCCAAAGGUAAAUAAAAAUAGAAAAGCUUUUUUUUUCCAUUAUAUACUAAUGUAUGAGAAGGUAAGAAGGUCAGUAAAACAUCUUGUUAAAAAAAAUCUCGUUUUGGACCUAACAAAAAUUAAAUCCUUUUUCUGUGUUGAUCCAAAAUGAGCUGUAUUUUAAGUGCUAAUAAAGGUUUUAAAAAAAGUUUCCGCUUCAAAGGGAGAUAACUUCAAUAGUUUUGCCUAUAAGGUUUAACAUUUGUUAUCUUUCCUUUGGCAACAUAAUCCGAGUCUUCCAUUUCAUAUUGUUAUAAUGUACAUUUGAUGAUUGCUUUGAUGUGUACUGUUUUUAUUGAAUAAAAUCUGGAUUCUCAUUUGUGUCUGUUUGCUCGGUGUCAUAUAUACAACACAAAAUGUGUGUUUAUUUCAAUUUUCCUGCUGUCACUUAACAGUUACAUUAAACUUAUAGAAAUAAAAUCUUAUAGAAAUAAAAUAUGUCAUCUGAAAUCAAUAAAAAAGGCACAAACAUCUUAAUCGUCAGAACUAAAAAGAAAAAAGCCGUCAAUACAAAUUUUGCCAACAUAUUUGAAUGAUUUUAUGAAAACGUUUCAUUGAAUUUGAAAUUAAAAAGAAUUUUAAACUUUCAAACAACCGUACGUUUUUAUACUACAUAGUCCUUUAUUUUUUACUUACAUCUUCUAGGAAAAUCCUUUUUAACUAUUUUACUUAAAAAAAACAGCAAUCAUUACGUUUCCUCGGCAACUAGUCUUCCAGAUCGUUUGAUAGUAUGUAGAUAAACAUGGCUAUA